UAGCAAAAGUCCUCCCCUGACCUGCUUCUAAUUGGCUUAGCCCGAUAUCGCCGCCCUAGCUUUGACCAAUCACAACCCUUCAUGCCAAAACAUGACCAAUCAGAGGCUGAGGUGGGGGCAGACACCGCAGAUUCAGCCGGUUUCACUCCCGCACAGUAGUGCACUGCUUAUCCUCCCUCUUACAAGACUUUCCGAAAAUGGAUUGUGUAACCAGGACGUGGACUUGACAGGUUUGUUGGCAUCAAUGUCAGCGUGUGAUCUGAUGGUUUAACGUCGUAUUUUAACUGCAGAGUUAACGAUGGUGCCAUUGAAACGAAGAAGAGUCACAGGGAACAUUGGGGCUGACAGCAGUGGAGAUCAUCCACCAAUCAAGUUCCCCCAGGUCUUUCUAUUCCUGUUGGAAAGGAAAAUGGGAGCCAGUCGCAGAGCUUUCCUGUGUCAGCUGGGUCGAAAGAAAGGAUUUCGAGUCGAGGAAUCGUUCAGUCAAAGCAUCACACAUGUCAUUUCUGAAAACAACUCUGGUGAUGAGGUCAGGACGUGGCUGGACUCACAGCACACGGCUCAGGGCCGAGCUCCGCUUCACCUGCUUGACAUCAGCUGGUUCACAGAGAGCAUGCACGCAGGCCAUCCUGUUCCAAUCCUGGACAGACACAGGCUACAGCGGCAGGUUGAUGACGCAGAGGUUGUAGUGUUCUCAGUGCCCAGCUACGCCUGUCACAGAAGAACCACUCCGGACGACAACAACAGCCUCCUCACCGAUGCUUUGUCCCUCCUGGCAGAAAACGCUGAGCUCAGUGACCAGGAAGGGCGAGGUGUUGCUUUUCGCCGGGCGGCCGCCGUGUUGAAGGCGCUUCCUAAACCGGUGACGUGUAUGACGCAGCUCAGAGGGCUGCCCUGUCUCGGAGGACAUUCACUGCGAGUCAUCAAAGACAUUUUGGAUAAUGGAGCAUCUAGUGAGGUGGAAUCUAUGAAACACUGUAAGCGGUAUAAAGCUCGAAAGGUUUUAACAGGUGUUUUUGGAGUCGGAGCUAAAACAGCAGACCGAUGGAUCCGAGAUGGGAUACACACUCUUCACCAGUUACGGGAUUCAGGACACUCCCUCAAUCGAACCCAACAAGCGGGUGUGGAGCACUAUGACGACCUCAAUCUGCCGGUCUCUAAGGCGGAGGCUGACGCUGUUGAAGAGAUUGUGGCAAAAGCCGUCGUUUCUGUGUUACCAGGAGCCCAGAUUACUCUGACAGGAGGAUUCAGGAGAGGAAAACUGACGGGUCAUGAUGUUGACUUCCUCAUAACCCACCCAGAGGAAGGCAGGGAGGAGGGACUGAUGUCUAAAGUGGUGUCCUGGCUGGAGUCGCAUGGUUUCCUGCUCUACCAGAAAACAACGAGAAACUCUUACCUGGAGUCGAAGGACGGCCCUGCUCGAAUUGCCUCCAACAUGGACCGCUUUGAGAGGUGUUUCUCCAUCUUCAAACUGGCCAAGGAGGAGAAACGGGAAACAAAACAGCCAGAGACACAAAGAGAAACUGGAUUACAGAAUGUAGUAGAGGGCCCCUGCAGUGUUGGAGGCCACACGCAGAUACAAGUUGAGGACUCGAUUCUGCAGACGGAUCAUACUUCACAGAGUCAGAUUCACGCCGGCGAACAGAGAUCCUGUGAAGAUGGAGGACUAAAACCUGCAGGACACAAGCCAUGGAGAGCUGUGAGAGUGGACCUGGUGGUUUCUCCUUUCAGCCAGUUUGCUUUUGCUCUGCUCGGCUGGACGGGAUCCAAGUUGUUUGAGAGAGAGCUGCGACGUUGGGCUGGACAGGAAAAGGCCAUGUCUCUAAACAGCCAUGCCCUAUAUGACAACACACAGAAGAGGUAUCUUAAAGCCACAUCAGAGGAAGAGAUAUUUGCUCAUCUCGGCCUAGAGUUCAUUCCUCCGUCAGAGAGAAACGCCUGAGGGGACCUGAGGAGAAUCUGCAGUUGGAGGGCCAAGCAGUGGCUCCGUUCAGACCUGGUAUCAACAUCUGUCCUGACUCCUGAGUGAUCUCAUCACAAGUGGACAGCUCUAAGUUCAGGUGUGAUCCCAUCAGUGACACCACACUCAGAGCUCUUCAGGGAUGUCCAUAUUCUUUUAAGCAGUGGGCACAUUAAUGCGAACGUGACAUUGAAGGACCGCCUACUCAGCUGAUGUCUUCUGAUGGUCUGCAUUUAUAUUUUGCAAUGCUCUAGUUUUGUAAACCCUUUUCCAUCCAUCCAUUGCCACACAUUCAUGCAGUGCCAGGCAGCACUUUCUCUAUCACAUAUCACUCAGACACUGUCAGGAGCGAUUUGUGAUUCAGUAUUUUGGCCCCUUGGGGGGAGACAGGGUUCGAACAGCAUAUCGCAUGCAGCAUAUUGAUCCACUCAGCUCAUCAUGGCUCCACACUCUCUAUCUCUUGGAUCAGAACAGCAUAUGACGUUUGCAUAUAGAGCUGAUAAGGGAGUUGAAUAUCAGGUAUGAGCAGGGCUGAGGACUGGCCUGGUGAUACAUUUGUGCCCUACUGACUAAACCAGCUAACUGUGUAUAAGGUGGUUAGAACUAUAAAAAGCUUACUUGAUUAAGAGCCCUGGUAGCAAAAUGUAAAAAUAUUCAUUUAUAAGUAUAAAAGACAUUUAAGUAUCAUCAAUAAAAGUAUUUCUUCAGUUAAAUGAGAGAGAGAAUUCUUCAGCUACAUUUUAUUGUUGUACCUUGUCCAUGUAGAGAUACUUAAACUGCUUUAUAUUUAGUUGGAAAGUGGUGUCCAGUGGUUUCUAACCAAGGGGUUGGGACCGGCCAUAGGGUCACCAGAUAAAUCUGACAUGAUUAAUGGGAGAAGAACGAAGAACAACAUUUCUGAAAAACACACUUUAUUGGACUAUUCUCAGGUUUUGCUUUAUUUUGUGAAGAUAUGAUUUGACUUCUGUCAUAAAAUCAUAUCUUCACAAAAUAAAUUUCCUUCGAAAUGCAGUAGAGUGGAAGUAUAAAAUUGCAUCAAAUGAAAUACUCAGGUAAAUUACUAAAUUGGAACAUUAGACAAAUGUAUUACUGUAUAUAAAAAGGAAUUGAAAUCAAUAUAAAAUGUAGUUAAAAGCAGCUUUAACAGUAAAAUUAUUCAGAAGUACUGACGACUCAGUAAUCACAAUCUGGUCCGUUUUACUUUCUUAAAUACUUUUACUUUGAUACUGUGCCGAGAAUAGUUCUAUAAUUUUGCUCUAAUACGGUUCUGACUGCAGGACUUCUUAUGAAUUAUUUUGAAGACUGUUAUAUUGGUGUGUGAGUGCUUCCUUACAUGUAUUUGUUUGACUUGUGUUAAAUCCUGCUCAAAUAAUGUAGAUAAUCCCUCUGAUACAUUCUUGCCCUGUUUGUUUUAAAUAACAGUGAUCGUCAUUUAGAGUCGUGGCCUGUUAGGGGCUCCAGAUACAUUUCCCGUGUGUGUGUGUGUGUGUUAAGUGAUGUGUGAACUCAGAGGCGUUUCCUUCACCUCUUCCUAACAGCCUCAUUAACCUCUAAAUACCAGUUUAGGAUCAAAGACUGUGUUGGUGCCCACACCUCCCUCUCCUCUCAUCUCCACUCUGUGACAUGUGCACACAUUGCAAAUAAUAUAUACACUGAAGAACAGAAUAUAGAUUUUUUCAAAUGUUGAACAGUCAACCUUUAUGAACCAUGUGUUGAGUCUGUGGUUUGAACAAACGUAGCUGGAAGAGAAAAUUACUUAUUUUAAGUGUGUAAAUCACCAUUGACACGUCUCUGCUUUUGACACCGUAUGUGUGAAGCAAAAGUUUCUGGGGGACAAGAAGACAGGAGAGCAACGUCGUGCUGCAAGGAGACCUCAAGUCUGGCCCCUGUGAGAACAGAGAGGAAAUAGGAUGUAGUUUGUGCGUAAAUGUAAAUUGUUUCAAGUGGGGAUGCAGGACCUGAUCCCAUCUGCUUUUUCUUAAAGAAUAGAACGGAAAACAUUCUACACAUCUCUUCCUCUAACCAAACCAGAGUUCAUUUACCCACACAAAGAAAAGCCAAGAGUGAUACUGAAAAGAGUAAGUGACGUAAGAGACAAAUAAGCAGUAUGGGAACCAUGUUUGCAAGUAAAAGUCCUGCAUUCAACACAGCAGGGGAUCCCCUCCUGGAUUCCCCGGGAGUAGGGGGGCAGGUUGAUGACGCUUCUAACAUGUAACAGAUGCAAAAAAAGAUAUAUAUAUACAAAUAUCCUGUUGAAAAGGCGAUGAUACACACAUUGAAGACACUGACGAAGAUGAAAAGAGAGUUUUAGUUGAUAACAGGCGACACCGAGAGUCGGUGUGUUAAAAAAAAAAAAAUCACAUUAUCUCCGGAGUAAAUACGUCACUUCCUGGCUCCGCCUGCCGCACCCGGCAGCUCCACCUUUCGCCUGAAUAAUGUGGAGGAUUUGAUGCUGUCGUGAACACGUCUGUGCAGAGAACCUCCCGCUGCGUUGUGCCUGCGUGAAAGGCCAACUGCGGGUAAAGUCUGAAAAUGUUUUUUGAUAAAUAUGUUUGUUUAAUUUUCCUCAUAAUCUAUAUUUUCCUCCACAUAAGAAAUCACCUCUGUCCUCACUAACACGCCUGACAAUGCAUAUCACACAAUCACCCAAAAACACUGCUAGAUUAGAGUAGCUAGUAAGCUUUUUUCUCUGUGUGUGAACCUGAAGGGUCAGAUUUUUAAUGUUGCU